UUAAGCCUAAAAGAUUAACAUUAUUCACAGGGAAGUGAACUUUUAGACACUCUUGGAGACUCUAUUGAUUGAAUAAGGUCUUUCAAAAAUAGAGAAGAUUAUCUCGACGCACUUCAAAUUCCGUCACCUCAAAAAGGCAAAGAAUCCUCCUUGAAUUCCUCCCAGCCGUCUUUAGUUUCUCUGCGCGCUCUUCUUCGUACAGAAAAAAGAGACAGAUUCUUCCUUUUGUCUAAGUUGCUGUUCGGUGUAAGCACGUCGCUCCCCAAGUGAUCACCGUUCAAUGUCUCUUAGGGAAGCAACAAUGAUCAAUGCUGCUGAAACGGGGCUUCCAGUUCGACUUGAGGGGAAGUUUAAGGCAAUGGUGUUCUGUUGGGUGCUUGGACUUGGGUCUCUUGUGGCUUGGAACAGUAUUCUGACCAUUGGAGAUUAUUACUAUAAAGUGUUCCCGCAUUAUCAUCCUUCGAGAGUGCUUACAGUUGUUUAUCAACCAUUCGCAAUUGGGACGAUGGCUAUCUUAGUGUACCAUGAAUCCAGAGUUGACACAAGAAAGAGGAAUAUAGUUGGAUACGCUCUUUUCACUCUAAGUACACUCUUUCUCAUAGUUUUGGACUUAGCCACGUCAGGGAAAGGGGGAAUUGGGCUUUAUUUCGGUAUAUGUGUGCUUGUUGCCUGUUUUGGAGUGGCCAAUGCUCAAGUUCAGGGUGGUAUGGUCGGCGAUCUGUCUUUCAUGUGUCCUCAAUUCAUGCAGUCGUAUUUCGCUGGUUCAGCUGCAUCAGGAGCACUAACAUCUGCUUUGAGGUUGAUGACAAAGGCAGCCUUUGACAAGACUCAUGACGGUCUUCGCAAGGGAGCUAUGUUGUUUCUGGCAAUCUCUACGUUCUUUGAGUUUAUAUGCAUCAUUCUGUAUGCUACUUGGUUCGCUAAGAUUCCAGUUGUGAAAUCCUGCCGCUCCAAGGCGGCCUCGGAAGGGUGUAAAUCUGUGUCGGCUGACCUUGCUGCAGCUGGAAUUCAAAGACAGGAUGAAGGCUCUAAAGAUGAUCGAUUGAGCAACAAACAAUUGUUGUUUCAAAAUAUAGAUUAUGCCAUUGGUCUAUAUCUUACACAUGUUUUGACAUUGACAAUCUUCCCGGGCUUUCUCUAUGAGAACACGGGAACACACCAAUUGAGAUCAUGGUACUCACUAGUUUUGAUUGCUAUUUACAAUGUAUGGGAUUUCAUAGCUCAGUACAUUCCCCUUAUCAGUUGGCUCAAGUUAGAGUCCCGAAAGGGCCUCAUGUUAGCGACUCUUGCCCGUUUCCUUUUUGUCCCUGCAUUCUAUUUCACAGCAAAGUAUGGUGAUCAGGGGUGGAUGAUAAUGCUCGUUUCUUUCUUGGGCUUGACCCAUGGUUAUCUUACUGUCUCUGUUAUGACAGUAGCACCCAAGGGCUACAAGGGACCGGAGCAAAAUACCUUGGGCAACUUGCUUGUGUUGUUUCUCUUGGGUGGGACAUUUACGGGAGUUGCUCUAGGCUGGUUGUGGAUGAUAGGCAAUGGCAAGUUUUAGAGAGCUGUCAUCACUUUCAUGAGGAUGACUUUCGUUAGGGAAGGAAAUGAUCUCACUUGAGGUUCUUUCGAUUCACAUAUAUUGAAAAGGACACAUUCAGUUGUUAGGCUAAGUACAAGUCACAUUUCCCUUUCUCUAUAUAUAAAUGCCCAUUAAUUUUGCAAGUAGAAUGCAAUGGUAUUUUAUUUGAAUUUAUCAAUUAUAGUAAAUGUUUCGUUACGGCGACAAUGCUGCUUGUACUUUCACACUCAAACC